AUGGCGACCGGCGUAAGGGAUCACCAACUCGAGAUUGAUCUAGAACAACAGCGCAACCGCGAUGCAGCGGCCGACAAGGCGCCGGAGACAGCCCCGGCCGCCGUCGACCCCCACAACGCGCCCUGGCCCCGAAGAGACUCGGUGGCAACUUGCGCCCCGGCAGCGGCCGAGCUGGAGCCGCGUCUCGUCCUCGAGAAGGUGCCGACGUAUAUGCAGCCCAGCCUGCCAUGGCGCGAGAGGCUCAUGCACUUCACCUUUGCAUGGUACACGUUAACCAUGUCGACAAGCGGCAUUGCCCUGAUCCUGGCCAUAACCCCGCACCGCUUCCCGGGGCUGUCAUACAUUGGCCUCGUCAUCUUCAUCCUAGACCUCGUCUUCUUCGCCAUCAUCUCCGUCGCCCUGGUGCUGCGCUUUGUGCUGUACAAGCGCACCGUGCGGCGCGUCUUCACGCACCCGACCGAGGCGCUCUUCAUCCCGACCCUGUUCCUGUCUGCCGCGGCCAUCCUCACCAACAUCAAGCAGUACACGGCGCUGUUCCUGCCGGCCGACGCCGGGCCGGCGUCCCCGGGCCUGUCCGGCUUCCUGCGCGUCACCUUCUGGAUCUACCUCGCCGUGACCUUCGCCUUCUCCAUCAUCCAGUACCACCUGCUGUUCACCGUCAAGGCCGAGCGCCGCCUGACGCUCGGCGCCAUGACGCCCGCCUGGAUCCUGCCUAUCUUCCCCGUCAUGCUGACCGGCACGCUGGCCGGGUCCUUCUCCGACACGCAGCCCGCCGACCAGGCCCUCGCCAUCGACUGCGCCGGCCUCGCCGCCCAAGGCCUCGGCAUUUUGGUGUCCGUCUUCUUCUUCGCUACCUACCUCCACCGCCUCAUGGCCUACGGGCUCCCCGUCCAACGCCCCGGCAUGUUCAUCGCCGUCGGCCCGCCGAGCUUCACCUGCGCCGCCCUCGUCGCCAUGGCCGCCGACGUGCCGCGCAUCUUCGCCGCGCUGUACCCGUCGCCGUCGUUGUCGCCGCCGUCGUACUCGGCGGCAGCGGCAGCACCCACCACCGCCGUCAUCGCGUCGGCGCUGGCCGGGCUCGGCGACACGGACACGCUGGCCGCGGGGAUCCAGCUGCUGGCGCUCAGCGCGGCCGUGUUCCUGUGGGGGCUGAGCUUCUGGUUCUUCGCGUCGGCGUCGGCGGCCGUGGCCGCCGCCGGCAUGCCCGACGCGCGCUUCCACCUCAGCUGGUGGAGCUUCGUGUUCCCCAACGUCGGGUUCUGCAUCGCUACCGUCCGCAUCGGCGCCGCGCUGCACUCGGACGGUGUCCUCUGGCUUGCCUCUGUCAUGACCGCGCUGCUGUUCCUCGCGUGGCUGGUUAUCGGCUAUCGCUGCGUCAGGGCCGUGUACCGCCGCGAGAUCGUCUGGCCGGGGCAUGAUGAGGACUCGGAUUGA